AUGCUCAGUAUAAAGGCAGCUUUCCAAAAACCUGCUCCAAAAAUUCCUCCAGCUAAGCGCCCUGAAUUCAAAGCUCACUCCGUAGCAAAAUCUUACGCAGAAGCCACCAAACAACAACAAAACUCAUAUAUAGAAAAAUUCACCGACACCUGUUCCAGGUUUAUAUCUAAUUUAAGCUCAUUAAUCAAUCUUCUUAUCGCCCUACUCUCCACAGUACUAAAUACUCUCAUUGCCAAAGGCAUUAUUUCCCCAUAA